CCAAGGACUGCAAGUCUGCAAUUAAGCUUAGCAAGCUCAGUUACUAUAGCAUGGCUACUACCCAUCAGCCUCUACUGCACAGACCAAAAUCCAGCAAGGUUCUCCCCCUAAUUUUCUCCAUCGCUGCUAUAGUAUGCUCAGCUGCUCUAGUUACUAUUCGUUUAGUAAAACUCAGCUCCUUUACUCCCUUACCAGACCAAAUAUGUCUGGAAGCUGUUGAUCAGAAAUCAUGUUCGGCCUUGCUCUCGGAGGUAGCCUCAAACUCAACUAUGAAAAUGAAGGAUGUUGAUGUACUACAUGCCUUCUUAGAGAAAUCCACAGCUCAGAUGCAAAAUGCCAUCAACCUGGCCAACAACUUUAAGCAUCGGAUCAACAAUCCUAGAGAUCAAGCAGCUUUGGCUGAUUGCCUGGAGUUGAUGGAGUCAUCCAUGGAUAGGAUCGGGGAUUCUAUGGUUGCUCUUGGAAAAAAAGAUGUCUAUUCCCUUUUAGAUGCUCACGCGUGGCUAAGUAGUGUGCUCACCAACCAUGUCACGUGCUUGGAUGGGCUACGAGGGUCAGCCAGGAUCCUCAUGGAGCCAGGGCUAAAUGACCUGAUAUCAAGAGCAAGAACCUCCCUAGCCGUUUUUGUUUCGAUUUCUCCUGGGAAGACAAGAUUUGUGGAGCCAUUGAUCGAUGAGUUUCCAUCAUGGGUCAGCGGUAAAGAUCGGAAGCUUUUACAGGCUUUGCCUAAUGACAUUAAGGCCAAUGUCGUGGUGGCCAAGGAUGGCAGUGGCAACUACAAGACGCUAGCGGAGGCUGUGGCAGCAGCACCAGAUAAAAGCAAGAUCAGGUACAUAAUUUAUGUGAAAAACGGUACUUACAAAGAAAACGUUGAGAUAGGAAAGAAGAAGAAGAAUUUAAUGAUUGUUGGUGAUGGCAUGAAUUCGACGAUUAUCACCGGUAGCCUAAAUUUCGUUGAUGGAACUACAACCUUCAAAUCAGCCACUGUUGCGGCUGUUGGUGAUGGAUUUAUAGCCCAAGACAUAUGGUUCCAGAACACAGCUGGACCAGAAAAGCAUCAAGCAGUAGCCCUCCGUGUAGGAGCCGAUCAAUCUGUCAUAAACCGCUGCAAGAUCGAUGCUUACCAGGACACUCUCUACACCCACUCCAACCGCCAAUUCUACAGAGAUUCCUACGUCACUGGCACGGUGGACUUCAUAUUUGGUAAUGCGGCCGUGGUGUUCCAGAACUGCAAACUCGUAGCCCGAAAGGCCAUGAGCUCACAAUCAAACAUGGUCACCGCUCAAGGAAGAAUAGACCCAAACCAAAACACUGGUUCUUCGAUCCAAAACUGUAAUAUAAUAGCAAGUGCUGAUCUUGAGCCCGUUAAAGCCUCCAUCAAGUCAUAUUUGGGCCGGCCCUGGAAGGAGUAUUCAAGAACUGUUGUGAUGCAAUCCUACAUUGGUGACCAUAUUGACCCCUCGGGAUGGUCAAUUUGGAAUGGGGAUUUUGCAUUGAAGACAUUAUACUAUGGGGAGUACAUGAACAGGGGACCUGGAGCUGGAACUAGCAAGCGAGUGAAAUGGCCAGGCCACCAAGUCCUGAUCAAGGCGGAAGAGGCCAAGCCGUUCACUGUGGCCGAGCUCAUUCAAGGAGGAUCUUGGUUGCAAUCAACCGGGGUGGCUUAUACAGAAGGUCUGUAAACAACAGCUACGCCUCUUUCAACUUGUUCUGUUUUGAUUGAAUAAAUGGAAGUUCUCCACCAUCCCUUUCAUUGUAUAUUUUGCCAAUGCACUGACAUGAGUUUGUGGUUCAAUGAAGUUCUAGUUCAUUAA